GGUGGAGCAGUCGACAAAUAGGAAUCGCCGCAGGUCAAAGCAUUUAAAACUCGUGGACAUCACGAUAAGUGUCCAUAUUUACGCUUUAAAACUCUGGUUUCUCGCGUUUUGUAAGCGUGCCUUAAUUUACGAUCGCGUCACGGAGACGGCUUAGCAGUCCACGUCGGUGUCGUGUACAUUUACACAAACUGUGAUUGUGUACCGUUUUCCGGAAAAAAAAACAUUUUUUUUCGAUCGGCCCGCGUCGCCUCUGCCGCCGUGGGGUCGGCUCGCCGGCGUGAAUUCUAGGCGAGAUCGGCGUCCAGCGAGGCUUGAGCAGGCCGUGCGAACUUAAGGGUUCGUGCGGCCCCUCGGCACAGAUACGGGGGCCUUAGAUAGACGAGAGGGACACACGGAGAUACAGACAGUAAGGAGACGGUGAUAGAGACACGGAAAAACAAGGGUCAGACAGACGUAGACAACUCUGGUUGACAGCAACAGAGCAGGUGUAUAAAGGAGACACGUACGGAGACGGCAAUACUCGCCGAGAGAGGCUUCUAAAUCACAGCCGUGUAGAUACGGAGAGAAGAAACAGACACGUAGGUAAUGACAGGCAGGGGAUGAACCAAAGAGAGACGCAUACAGGAUCAUAUAGGCAAUACUGAGAUACACAUUGGCAGAAAGACGCACUAAGAGAGACCGAUUGACUCCUUGAAAAUAGAUCAAAUAGACAAGACGGAGAAACCCCAAUCCAGGAAUCGCGUACGUCUCUCUCCAACUUCAUACUUCGCGGCCGCUCACGUCAAGACCCCUGCGUCUGUUGAAGGCUGAGCAGGCCGUGUGGACCUCAAGGGUGACGACGGUGAGUAAUCAUGGUGAUGAUGACGACGACUGUGCCGCUGCGAUGAGAGCUCUCGUGCCUCUGCCGUUCAUCUGUUUCCUGGCCCUGCUGUGGCUGCGCGUCAUGUGGACGGGACGCUACCUCCGCAAGCCGCUCACCCGCUCGCUCUACAUGAGCGCCAUGGGGCGAGUGGGAUUGACGGGAACCCACGAAGACGAGGAGAUGGCGGGGACGAGGUCCAAGCACGGCGAGUGGUACACAGUGAACCAGUCGCUGCUUCGAGAGGACCUGCGUGCACUGCUGCAGGAAAAUGAGCUGGACGCAAGCACACGCGCUUUCCUAGCCAACAGUACCACCAAGUCAGGGUGGCUCUUCACGCAACUCUACUACUCCAUGGUCUCUUCGCUGCUGGGUUUCUUUGUGUCGCGCACGUCUGUCAACGGGGUCCUGGGCCGCGGCUCCAUGUUCGUGCUGUCGGCAGAGCAGUUCCGGCGUUUGCUGGGCAUUCCAGACAGCUGGCGUGCCGACUCCCUGCUGGAUUUGGGUGCUGGUGAUGGGGAGGUGACUGCCAUAAUGGGAGCGCACUUCAAGCAGGUGUUCGUUACUGAGGUGUCGCCCACCAUGCAGUGGCGACUGCGCAAGCGCGACUUUACCGUGCUGGGCGUGACAGAGUGGAACAUUGUGUAUGAUCGGCCCUACGACUUGGUGAGCUGCCUGAAUCUGCUGGAUCGCUGCGAGCGGCCGCUGACGCUGCUGCGCGAGGUGCGACAGGUGCUGCGGCCUGGCUCAGGGCGCCUUCUGUUGGCCGUCGUGCUACCCUACAGGCCCUAUGUAGAGCGUGGUGGGCGAUGGGAACAGCCAAGUGAGUGCGUGCCAGUGCAUGGGGAUUCGUGGGAAGAGCAGCUCAACAGCCUUGUGAUCGAUGUCCUUGAGCCGAACGGCUUUCAGGUGGAGAGCUUCACACGUGUGCCGUACCUAUGCGAAGGGGACCUCUACAAUGACCACUAUGUUCUGGAUGAUGCUGUGCUGGUGCUGAAGCCUGUUUGAUACAACAGAUGUCACCAGAUACCAGGACACACACAUAUAUAAAGUACCUAUGUGGAGACUUGUAUACACGUGCUCAUGUGCUGUUUCAAGCAUAAAUGCUGGUAUUAAUAUGCUUGACUUGUCUUCCUUAUUCCUAAAUUUAAACUCUGUAUUUUCAUUGACUAGAACUGGAAUGUACAGUAAUAAGGUCAGAUGCUUUGUCUCCAAAUACAUCUGAUACAACUUUAAAAUAAGAGAGUAUGGGAUUGCAUUGGCAGGGAUGUAAAAGCACAAAUCGCAAAACUUUCAACGCAAGUGAACAUGGACACUAAUAUCUACUACUAUCAAUAGCAGUAGAUAGUAGUGUCCUACUACUAUCGUAGUAGUACACUACUAUCUAUCUGCCGACUCUGUUGUGAAGAAAUGCUACUAUCUGAAAUAAGUCUGCUAUAUUUUUAGUCUAUGGCUUUGUUAAACACAAAAGAGGUGAAAUGUUUUAAUUAGUUACUGAAAGGUUGCCAGGUGGCACAGAGUGCUUGGUGUCCAUGUUAGAGCACUGAGCGAGCAAUUCUAAGUCACGUGUAAUUCAACCAAAUUCACAUUUAAAGUGAGCUAAUGGUGUUAUGGUAGUGAUCCAGGUGGCGUGCAGAUUGCAGAGCCACACCGUGUUCAGUGCGAGUCGUUUUGACUGCAGUACUAUAACAUUGUGAUAAGCAUGUGAUUCUGCCCCCUGGCUGCGGGAAGUGAAUAACACAAAUUGUAACUUCAGAGUCAUCUUGGAAAGGUCAGUGCAUUACUUAGAAAUGGAAUCAGAAUCGGUGGAAACCUCCCAGCCAAUGGGAAACAUGGCUAUGCCUGUCUGUAUAAGGCAGUAUAGAAAAUAAGUUUAUUUUUUAACGAUGUUGUUGUUGCCGCCCUUGUUUGUGGGCUUACUCCAGGCACUCCUUUUUUUCCCCAUUGGCCAAAAACAGGAUAAAAAUGUAAUAGGCCAAACUUCUGAAAAGUUAUCAAAGUUUCGGGAAUGUGAGCUUUAUUUAUGCAGGAGGAUUAAUUAUAAUGUUGUAGACAAUAAGAUAUAUUACUUACACUAAAUAGUAAUAACAUAAAUCUUAUGGAAAAAUGGCUCAGGAAAUUUGUAUUGCAUGCAUACAAGAUAUGUGAUGAGGAAUUUACAUUUUUCUACAGAACUUUGUAUGCUUUUCUAAAAUGGUGAAGAAAGUUCAAAUUCCAUUUGGCAAAUGUGUCCAAACAUUAAGAUGACAGAAGUCCUUCUACGAAACAACAAUGCCAGACCGCCACACAAGAGCCUGAAGAACAGAGACCAUUGGAACGUUCAAGUGGACUGUGUUGCCCGAUCUACCGUAUACCCCAGAUCUGGAAUAAAAUGUCUACAGUCAAACAUUGGCGUCUGUUUCACAUUCGCAAGUGCAUAGAAAGAUUACAGAUUAUGUUAAAUAAUCCAAGUUAAAACUAUCGAUGUCAGUUCAGAGACAACUUCCAGAUGAAUGUGUUUACAAUCACCAAAUGUACUUCGGGAAGGGGUGGCAGAACAUUUCACGACAAAGAAUUAGUAAAAUGUGGAGGAAUAACGUUUUAAGUAUUUUGAAUGAAAAUAACAAUUGUAGUGCAGUGGUGGUCACUGAUAAACUCUCCAUGUUGUAACAAAAGUGGAUGUUGUAAUAACUUCCCAGACAUCUUGAAGGAAGAAAUGAUUUGACAUUGUGGCAUAAAAAUUUUGAUUUAAA